AUGAUCAGAUCCCUGACGUUUGGAUUCCACAGAGUUCUGAAGCAACUGUUCUUAAGGCUGUCAAGCUCCAACCAGCCAAAGAACCAAUUCGAAGGCCGCCGCAUACCGACAUCGACCACGGUAGCUCCGAGAUGGCUGAGCAACUGGAGGUUUCUCAUGAUGAACUUCUUGGAGCUUCUCUACAAUGUGAAACAGAUGGUCCUGAUAUACGCGGCCACGGCCAUGAAACCUCGUCUGAAGGAUGCCAUGCUGGACACGUACUUUCCAGCUCAGACUGCCACGACAAUGCUGAAGACCGUCACAGCAGCCCAGAUGCAGAAGAAUCAGCAGGUGGCAUACCCCAACGACCCGGCGAGGCCGGUGGAUGGUGAACACCGACAAGGACAAGUCCCUGGUGUAGUGCCAACCAAAAGCUUCGCCUACGGCAAAGACACCUUUGGGCCUUCCAAAGGGGAUCGACCUCAAGACUGGGUAUGCCCUACACCCCGAAGAUCUGGGGCGCCAUCGUCUUCAACAACAGCAGCAACAACCAUCCACCCCACCGACCAGCCGAACAAGCCAGACAAGUCACACGGCGUCGCGGUCAAGGGUAUCAGCAAGUUCCUUGGUUGGCUCGCGACCAUUGCCGUCGCCUUCAAUGAGUCAGGCCAGGGCCAAGAACCGACCUGCAGCAGUGCCUACAUCGGCCAGACUCACCGAGCAGAACCUGGAGUUGUUGGAGGAGGACGAUGUGAGCAUGGCCAGCUGGGAGCAGCCAGCACCGAGUUUGGCUUACUCACCCAGCAUGGCGGAUCCAGAACAAGAGCCUUCAGCUCGCCGGGGCGAGAUCAUGUGGCCGAGCCGUCGUCGAAGCCGCCAGGCGGAGGUUCCUUUGCAAGAGGAGCUGACACUGGGAGAGCACGGCGAACAUCUAUGGCAGACAAAUCCUAUCCUCCUGACAGAUGGGGAGAAUUUCGACGAGGCAGAGGAGGAAGAGGCCGAAGCUUAGAUGGGCUUCGACUUCAUGACAAAGUAUGCCAACUCGAUGGUGAUCGACCUCAUUCUGCAGAACACCAACAUGAACCUUUGGGGCCCAAUGCGCUUCGAGGAUCUGCAGAUGAACCAUUGCUCAAAGAAGACCGCGGGUGGCAACAACUCCGCUCUGGGCAACAGAAACGUCUCCUUGGGACUAUAAGGUCUUUGCGCAAGUGCUUGACCGUGGAGACGCAACUAUAUGCACAACAAGCUGCCCGAGCACGAGCAAUGAGGCGUCACCGUUGUGACUUGUUGGAGGUCUAUGGUGGUUUUGCCAACAUCUCCAUUGAGGGGAUCAAGCAGGGUCUGAAGGUGGCACAGCCCAUCGACAAGGUGCACGGUGUGGCCAUUGAGACCAAGGCGGACCAUGAACAUCUUCGACAACUUCUACGGCGACAUCGGCCUUUCCUGACGGUGUGGGAGAUCAGAUGUGACCCCUGGUCGCACAUCCAGCACUUGAACUACACGGCCGAACAACUUGAAGAGCUACGCGCCCAACAUCGCCUUGAUUUGGAGGAGAUGGCCAAGACCAUUUGCGAGCUCUAUGAAUUGGGAUGCCAUUUUCUUUUGGAAAACCCCUGGGGCACGGAGUUUUGGAAACAACUGGAACUACAGCCUGUUCUUCGUCUUCCUGGUGUGGAGUUGAAGCGCGGCUCUAUGUGCAACUUCGGCCUCAGAGGACAUGAUGGCUAUCUCCUGAAGAAGGACACCGGCUGGUGCAGCGAUCUCCCGAUGGUGUUAGCUGCAGUGGCUGUUCCAUGUCCAGGUUCUCACGAACAUGAAGAAUGCCUGGGCACCAAUGCGAAGCGGGCUCAGAUCUACACCAAGAAGCUUGCCCGCGCUGUGGUUGGCGCACUUUUGCAGGAGCUACAGCUUCGUGGUGAUGAGCGCUUCUACAAGCAUGUGGAGGACCUGAAGCCUGAAGAGAUCAAGGCGAAGAAACCUGAGGCAAUAGCUUCAGCUGACGCUCCAGCGUCUGCCUUGGAGCCAGAGGACAAGUUGGUUUUGGACGCUGCUGGAGAACCUCAAGCUCAACUGGCUUUGGAUGAAGGAGAUGACCUUCUUCCACUACUUGCUGUUCCAGCUCAACCUGCUCAACCAGUUGCUCCUGAGCUUGCGAUUGUGCCCAAAGCAGUGCCGGCAACACCUUUGUCUGCACCACCUACGCCAAGAACCAGGAGGCAAAAACAACUGGCUGACCAACCAGCAAGUGCGGCAGCGCCCAAACAGCCCAAGAAAGACAUCAUGCUUCCAGCACAAGGUCAACAACCACUGAUCUCAACAGAUGUUCCUGCAGGAUGGUUUUUGGACCCCGAAGGUCGUCCAACUUGCGUGACCGAGAAUGCCAAGACGAUCCCAACACCAGAUCCACAACAAUGUGAUCCUGGACGUUAUCAAUACAGGACAACAUGGUCACACCACAAGAACCAAUGGAAGAAGUUGGAGGAUCGUGUGCUGUGGAACCAGACUCCUGCUGCCGACAUUUCUGUUGAUGGAGCACCAGUGGAACGUUUGGUUACAACGUUUUCUCCUGACCAAACUGUUGGUCGACGGCCAUCAAUUCAAUCCACUGUGGAGACCCAACGUGGUGUCAAAAGGAAUGCUGAACAGUCCGAGCUGCCUGAACAGCGUGGACCUGAACCUACCUCAAGUGCGACAGUUGCUGAGCCAGCCGCAGAUCAAGCUCCAACACAAGCACCAGCCGAAGCAAGUGCUUUGCUGACCUACUGCGGUGAAUGUGGCAGCACUGACCAAAAACAUGACCUUCCUUUCGCACAGUGCUCGCGCUGUAGUGCGCACUCCUUUGUCACCGAUCCUCGCCAAGUGAUGAAUUGGUUUGAUGAAGUUGAAGAGCGCCAAGCUUUUGAGCGACUUCAAGAAGAAGUGACCUAUGACGCUAGACUGAAACAAUGGUCUAGCCUACCUCGAGCUGACUUGCAAGAAGUUCUUCUUCCUGCCCCAGAUGCCAUGGAUGAGGCCUAUGAGAACGAAGCUUUUCUGCUGGACAUUGGGCAGUGCUUUCGUCUUCCACCUGACGAUGCAAAAGAUGAUGCAGCCUCAGUGUGGAGUGUGGCCGUCCAGAAUGGGGACAACGAAUGGCAAUGGCAGGAGAUUUUCCAGAACAUUGGCAUCGCCCUGGACACUUUCCAGGAAACUCUGCAAUCAAUGCCUGAUGAAGCACACAGAGCCCUCUUCAUCAAGCACCAGAGAAAGAGCCGUAGACCUUUGCGGCGAAAGACCUUCCUCCUGAAGAUCAAGCUUCCCAGAAAAGAGCGCCACUGGCUUCGGCGACAUGGCCGACACAAUGUUAUGAUGUGCGGAUGGGAUGGCUCCCCACCUGAACUUCAACCUCUUUUUCAAUGUGAUGAUUUCAGCAAGAUCUUUCACAACUAUGUCACUGACGUCGCGGACAAGAAGACCGCUACUGUGGAUGCGGAAGUGAUCCAGGCUGCGGAGCAGCACAUCAAGCAUGGCAGACCCACUUGGGAACAAGUCGCUUGGCAGAAAGCCGAUGGACCUGACACUUUCAGCGUGCAUUUUGCCGAGAACCAGACCAUCACAGGUCCUGAGUCCAGCGACGAGGAGGAGGAGACAGAUGGAGUUGGCAGAGCGGCCAAACAGGCCUUGAAGAAAGAAACUCCCUGGCGAACCAUUAGCGACGAAGAUCGCCCCAAGUUCAUUCAGUCCAACCAGGAAGAAUGGAAUGAAUGGUUGAAGUGGUCAAGCUGCAAAGCUGUUUACCCACAGCCAGGAGAGGUUGACCCCAAGCUGAUUCUCAAAUCCAGAAUUUGCUAUUGCUGGAAGCCCAAAGAUGGUGGCGAGGGUCAUGCGCAUAGGAAAAUCGACUUGAGCACUGCCGUAGGUGAUGGCAUUCUGAUCCAGGAUGUCACCUCCUUCAGCUGCAUCGUCACCAGCGCUGCGCAGGCCUCGUGGCGCCUGGCGCUCAGCAGCUUCAAGGAGACGAUGAACCGCGUGGGUGCGCAGGGCUUCUGCGCAGCCAUCAACGCCUGCGAAAAGGGACAGCGAUGGCCACAGGCCAUUCAUCUGCUGCAGAUGCUGCGACUGCGAGCAGAUGCGACCUGGGCCGAGUUUUCAGGUCCCCAGCUUCAAUGCAGCGCUGAGCUGCUUAGAGGGACAGCUGACCUCCAUCCCAACGACAUCAGCUUCAACAGCCUCAUCAGCGCCUGCGAGGAUCGCUGGUUCUUGGCGCUGCAUUUCCUGGAGGUCAUAGCGUGGCAGGGCGGUGCAGAUGUCAUUUCCUUCUCUGCGGUGCUCCGAUCGCUGGAGAAAGCAGGACGUUGGAGCGACGCUUUGCGGGUGCUGGAUGGGAUGAAGGGUGCAACGGUGCAACCCAAUGCAGUCACCUUGGAGGCCACGGUCCUGGUGACUUGGUGCAAACCUGCGGACCUGGGCAGCCCAGUGGGCCACCCCAGCUUGCAGGAUGUCCGAGCUACCAGCCUGGCUGCGGUUGAUCUGCGCACGGUGCCCAUGAUUUUGGAUGUGCAGUUUGCUGUGUAUCGGCCCACCAGCCGGGACGCCAUCGCCAAGAUGUUGAGUGGCAUAGCGGUCGGGAAAGGCCUGAACGUGAAGGGCAAAUCGGCCAAGUUGAACCGGCUCUCCGGGUUCGUGCCCUUCCUUCAGAUUAGUCAAGAGAAUGACAAAGCCGACGUGACAGCGUCGCCCGCCGACGCGCGGACCACCAUCUACUUCGCCUCGGGCGAGUUGCGGCAACGGGCGGCAGGGCAUUUGCAAAGCCUCAUGGAAUCGGAAGAUUUGGAGAUUGAGGACCCUCGCAUCAUUUUCCUGGACAGCUACCCAGACACGCCGGGGCUCAAUGUGCCUGAACCCUUGCUCCGCUUUGCCUUCAUCGACAAGCCGGACAUUCAGCCGGCGGUGGGCUGGGAGACGGGGCGUAUCAGUUCAGCGGCCUUCAUGGACAUGAACUUGCAGGCCGUGCGUGGCGAUUCGAAGCCCCAGGUCGUUCUCUUCCAAUACGACCAGGACAAUGCCCUGAACCCUCACGGGCUUCUCAUUGCGUACGCCGAGACGACGGUCAAACCGGUGGUGAGCGAUUUCGACACCUUCACAGUGGGAAGCCGCGGCAUGGCAUACAGCAGAUUGACUUCCGACCAAGCGGAUUUGGCCAUGUGGGCCCUACGGCACACAGAGCAGCUGCUCCGCAAGCCCCUGGCCUCCAGUUGGACCUCGCGAUGGCUGGAAGUCUUGAAAGAAGCGCACGAUGAAGGCUUUCAUCCCAAGAUCCCGGAGUAUGGCUUUGGAGAUGCCACCUCCUAUCGUCUCAUUGAGGGCAUCGUGGACGCCACCUGCGAGUCGGGUGCGGUGCGGCAUGGUGCGGAGUGCUUCAAUUUCUACUUCCCGCAGGAACUGGACGACAACUUCCUGGUGGUCUGGGAAGGAUUCUGCGAAGGCUACGAUGAUAAGCCGCCCAUUCCCCCUCAGCACUUCCCUGCUACACAGGGAGAGCUCAGGGAAUUCCUGGAGAAACGCGUCGAGGAAAACUAUGCCAUGCCUCUGAAUCCCAUUUGGUGUGUGCGCGAUGAAGGCUGGUACAAGGUCUUGGAAGCUCAAAUGGCGAAUCCAUCCUGCAGUGACGCCUUGAAGGCAUGGUAUCCAGAACAGUCGGGGAUCCUCGAGAAGAUUCAGGAGCUGAAUAAGGAGUUCCCACAGGGUCUUCAGCAAGCGGAUCAGGUGGGACGUCAGUUGCGCUCCACCUUGUCCAACGCCAACGAUUUGGACACCUGUGAAAAGGCGACCUUGGCGUCCACACUGGCGACCGCGGGCAAGAAGAGGUGGGGUGCGGCAUUUCGCAAGGUAACUCUAAUGCAAUCUAUGUCCAGACAAAGUUUCCUCCCGCAGUGAGCGACCACCGAAGCUGUGGUACCGUUCCGUGGAUGGCUGGAUGUGGAACGUUUUGGAAUUUGAACUUCUGGGAAGCCUUC